AAGAAAAUCCAUCUUUGAUGACGCUUUGAUUUUUGCCUCUCUGAUUCCAUAUUCAAUGUUUUUGACCCAGUCAUUUGGAAAGAAAAAUCGCAGAACCCAUCAAUUUUUUUUUGCAUUUGCAUACAGAAUAUUGUGAUGAGAAUUUUUAGUUUUUGAUUGUUUCUUGAGAAAAAUGGAAUCUUUGACGUCUGGGGUUCUUUCGAAGCUUCUUAAAGACAUGGGAGUGGAGGAAAAAGCAGUAGAUGAUGUUAAAAACCCUGUUUUGUUGCAGAUUAGGAGCAUAAUUCCCGUAUUAGCUGAGGGGGAUCUUUGGCCUAGUGAAGGGUUUUUCUUGAAAGUUGCAGAUUCAACUCAGGCAAUGUUCGUGUCUUUGGCCCCAGAAGAAGAUGAGAUGGUGCUAUGUAACAAGCUGCAACUAGGGCAGUUCAUAUAUGUGGACAAAUUGGAGGCUGCAUACCCAGUUCCAGUGCUUAAAGGGGUGAUGCCAAUUCCGGGUAGGAAGCCUUGUAUUGGGGAUCCUCGAGAUCUUCUUGGGGUUGAUAUCCUGGAGAAAUCUGGCGGACCAUCUAUGUUGGCAAUGCGAGGGAGAAAUGAUGUGAAAAAUAAGCCUAGAGCAAGGUAUAGGUCUUUGAGUCCUCAUAAUGUGCAGCCAAGGGAGAGAAGAGAGAGUGGAGCAUCCCACAGCAGGCCAAGCACACCAGAAGAUUGGAGUUCUAGGGGUAGGAAGCCAAGUUGUGGUGAUAAAGAUAGCGAUUCAGAUAGCACGGUAUCAAAUCCCAGGAGAAAAAGCUGGUCUGGGAUAGCAAAAACAAGAAGCGGGGAAUUUUCAGAUUGCACGGUUGUCAAGCAUGAGAUAAAGCCUGUUCAUUGUAACAAUCACAGGGGUUCACCUGUCCGUUCUGCUACUGCUAGUUAUGAAAACUGUGAGGAAAAUUCAAGCACCAGAACAAGAAUUAAAGACAUUAGCUUAGCCACAAAGCCUGUUAGAAGUUUGAACAAGAGUAAGAACUCUUUGUCAGAGAGAAACGGUAAAGAGCUCUUAACUCAAGCAGGAGUUCAAGUUUCCCCAAGUGAUAGAAAAUGGGCAGAAACUGAGAUUUUGUGGGAUUGCCUUCCCUUGACGUUAGUUAAACUGGGGAAGGAGGUAUUAAGGCAAAAAGAGGCGGCUCUACUUGCUGCAGUUGAGGCUUUGCAAGAAGCUGCUGCUGCUGAGAGAUUGCUCAAGUGUCUAAGUUCAUUUUCAGAGCUCCGGUUGGCUAAAGAGGAUGAUCAACAGGAUUCAAUUGACAAGUUUUUCAAGUUUCAAGAUUACAUGGUUGAAAGCAGAGGAAUUAUUCAGUCAUUAACAAAUAUUUCUCCCCUAAGAACACCUGAAACUGAUUCUCAUCGUAGUGGAUCCAUUGGAGAAGCUCUAAAACUGGCUGUGGAGAGAAAGAGAAAUGCAACCACAUGGAUAAAAGCUGCCGUGGCAUCUGAUCUUACCCUUGUUUCCACUGUUAAACCACAAAAUGCUUCAAUGGAAGCUAACAACACAACAAGAAGAAGAAACAAACAAAUUCAUGUUAAUAAACCAAAAGGCACACUUAUUGCUAGGAAGCAAAGGAGCAUUGAUGAAGUUUAUGUUGGAUUGGCUGCUGAGAAGGAAAACCAACCGGAUUGGGUGAAGGGAAGUGCCUUGAACACAGCUGCAGACCUUGUGCAAUCUCUUCAGGAUGAAUCCAGAACAUGGUUUUUGGCUUACUUGGAGAAAUAUUUAGAUGGCUUUGUUGAAGAAUCCGGUUUCAAGUUGUCUGAUAGCCAGUUUACUGAAACAAUGUGUCAGAUGAAGAGGCUGAAUGACUGGUUGGAUAUGAUGGAGAAAAGGGAAAGAAAUGGCAGUGGUUCUGUGCCAGGGAGUAGUGAGUUAGAAGCUUGUGGGAGGAUCAAGAAGAAAAUAUAUGGGAUUCUUUUGAAGCAUGUUGAAAGAACAGCUAUGGUUUUGGAAAAUAUGAAUGCAAUGACCGAAAUCUAGAUACUUCAGGAUGAUCAAAUUAACCAAUCUGUUUCUCAAUAUCAAUAAUCAGUAAAACAGAAAUUCUGUAAUCAAUGAUGAUUUCUGAAACUUUUUUUAGUUUUCUAGAAUCUGACCAUUUCUUUUUCAAAGAGCUGUAUUGAUUUUUGCCCCAGAGAGACCUGUAUGUUUAAAAAAAAAUCUGCUCCACC